CCCGGCGUCCGCCUGCUCCGCGCCCUCCCCCGGGACAGCCGGUACCGGGGGCUGACGCUGGUGCUGACCUUCCUCUGCUACACCAGCUACCACCUCUCCCGAAAACCCAUCAGCAUCGUCAAGAGCGAGCUGCACCCCAACUGCUCGGCCUUGGGCCCCAACCCCCUCAACAGCUCCAACAGCAGCACCUGGUGCAGCUGGGCACCCUUCGAUGGGGACAACUACAAGGAGCUUUUUGGGGCGCUGGAUAACGCCUUCCUGGUGGCCUACGCCAUCGGGAUGUUUAUCAGCGGCAUUUUUGGGGAGCGCCUCCCCCUGCGCUACUACCUGUCAGGGGGGAUGGUGCUGAGCGGGCUCUUCACCGCGCUCUUCGGCCUCGGCUACUUCUGGGACAUCCACGUCCUCUGGUACUUCAUCAUCAUGCAGGUCUGCAACGGGCUGGUGCAGACGACGGGCUGGCCCUCUGUCGUGACGUGCGUCGGGAACUGGUUUGGAAAGGGAAAGAGGGGUUUGAUCAUGGGCAUCUGGAACUCGCACACCUCCGUCGGCAACAUCUUAGGGUCACUCAUCGCCGGCGUCUGGGUUUCCUCCGCCUGGGGCCUGUCCUUCAUCGUGCCUGGCAUCAUCAUCGCCGCCGUGGGCAUCAUCUGCUUCUUCUUCCUCGUGGAGUAUCCCGAGGACGUCGGCUGCAGCCCACCUCUGCAUCACGCGGGCUCUGAGGAGGAGGACGCUGGGGGGGUCACCUCCAACAAGAAGGAUCCCGAAGCGGUCACCUCCAACGAGGGGCCGCUGAGCACCUCGGGCCAGAGCAGCGCCGGUCGCUCCGACAGCCCCAAGGAGCCGGCCGAGGAGCCCAAAGCCAUCAGCUUCCUCGGGGCGCUCCGGAUUCCCGUGACUCAUUUCGGUGCCAAGGAAGCCGGGGACCUGUCGACCCUCUUUGAUGUCGGGGGCAUUUUAGGGGGAAUCUUUGCCGGCCUCAUCUCUGACUACACCGGCGGCAGAGCCACCACGUGCUGUGUGAUGCUGGUCAUCGCCGCUCCCAUGCUGUUCCUGUAUAACCAUGUCGGCCAGAACGGCAUCGGCACAUCGAUAGCGAUGCUGAUCAUCUGCGGCGCUCUGGUUAACGGGCCCUACGCCCUCAUCACGACAGCGGUUUCGGCAGAUUUGGGAACCCACGAGUCUCUCAAAGGAAACGCCAAAGCCCUUUCCACUGUCUGUCAUGUCCACAUGUAGGGCACGGGAUCCAUAGGUGCCGCGCUAGGGCCGCUGCUCGCAGGGCUCAUCUCCCCCACCGGCUGGAAUAACGUCUUCUACAUGUUGAUAGCAGCCGACGUCUUGGCUUGCCUGGUAGGUCCCCCCCGGCAGGAGCCACUUGGCUACCCUGGAUAUUCAAGGGCACGGCCCCGCGGGCUCGCACCGCACCGCGGGUUUGCUUCGGAGGGAGGCAGCGGCGAGGAGCAGCCCGAGGGCCCCGGACUGACCCGUUUUCUGGGCCGAUUCUUCACCGUUGGCCAUUUUAUUAAUAAAAACGUGCGAAACCUGCAUUGCCGCUCCGUGCCGUUCCUGGCGGGGCUCGGCCAGGCCUGCCCCAUCCCGGCGCUUCAGGGCGUCGGGCAGGAGGACUGCGCCAAAUCUCUUCAGGCACUGCCUCACCGACCGAGCGCCGCUUGUCCUACGUAA